GCAGGACAGCACAGCAGCAGCAGCAGCAAAAAACUCUUCACCACAUAUCAUCCACAAACAUGCCUGCUACUUCAGAGAUACAUACCGAGGAUCUGCACCGAGGGGCCGACCCGGAGAAGCAGAAAGGCACCCAGACAGAGGAGGAGAAGAAGGAGAAUAAGAAGAGCUCGUUUGGUUUAUUUUGUGAUGAACAAGGUUAUCUGGAUCAGAUUGAAUAUAUUAUGCAGCAGGGCCUCAGGAAGGGGGAUCGCACCGGGACAGGGGUCGUGUCUGUGUUUGGCUCUCAGGCCAGAUACAGUCUCCGAGAUCAGUUUCCGCUGCUGACGACCAAGAGAGUCUUUUGGAGAGGAAUCCUUGAAGAGUUGCUUUGGUUUAUCAAGGGAUCCACGAAUGCUAAGGAGCUGUCGGAGAAAGGAGUGAAGAUUUGGGAUGCCAACGGCUCGCGGGACUUCCUGGACAAGAGCGGGUUCACAGACCGAGAGGAGGGCGACCUCGGACCCGUGUACGGUUUCCAGUGGAGGCACUUUGGAGCCGAGUACACAAACAUGCACGCAGAUUACACAGGACAAGGUGUCGACCAGCUGCAGAAAGUCAUCGACACCAUCAAGAAGAACCCAGAGGACAGACGGAUCAUCAUGUGCGCCUGGAAUCCCAAAGACCUGCCCUUCAUGGCUCUGCCUCCCUGUCACGCUCUGUGUCAGUUCUACGUGUGCGACGGCGAGCUGUCGUGUCAGCUGUACCAGCGCUCGGGCGACAUGGGCCUCGGAGUGCCGUUCAACAUCGCCAGCUACGCUCUGCUCACCUACAUGAUCGCACACAUCACGGGACUCAAGCCUGGCGACUUUGUUCACACCCUGGGAGACGCUCACAUCUACAUCAACCACAUCGAACCUCUUAAAGUACAGCUCCAGAGAGAGAUCAGACCUUUCCCCAAACUGAAGAUCCUGAGAAAAGUGGAGAGCAUCGACGAUUUCUGCGCAGAAGACUUUGAAAUCUGUGACUAUAACCCUCAUCCCUCCAUCAAGAUGCAGAUGGCUGUUUAACACCCCAACUUUAAGAUUAUUAUAGAGAGAUAUUUAUAUAUAUGGUUAUUUUCAACCAGGAAAGCACUUAAAAGCACAUUUAACACAAGUUCUGCUUCAUUUGACUUUUUAACAAAUCAGUACAUAUUUAAACUUUAUUUAACCUCAAUUACAACAACAGAAACAGUUAAAUGCAUUAUUUUAAAAUGGUGAUUUGGGUGUUUUCUUCUAUUUGAAGUGUAAAAACAAAUCUACAGUCUAAAGACUUCCUGGAUCCUACUGUAGAACAGUGUUGUGAGUUAUUUGUUUUUUGUGUUUCAGUCUUUUUUUUAAUAUUUGUUGUUAUUUUCUGAUUGUGUAAAUAAAGGUGCUUUGUCAAUUUUGAUUUGUAUGAAAAUGUUA